UGGGUGCCGGUGCUGGUGCCAGGGCUGUUCGCGGUGCCCGAGUUCUCCAGGACGACCACGACGACGGCCACCCCCAACACGACGCGGGCCGCGAGCUCGAGCGGGCCCAGUGGACCUCUGCCUGGCACCGUGACGUGUGCCACGGCGGAGCAGGCGGGGUCCGCGUCGGCGCUCCCGGCCGCCUCCCUGCGCGCCAUCCAGCCGCAGCAGGCGCUGUCGUGCAUCGCCUUCCUGGGCAAGGACCCUCUCGGCGAGGACCAAGCGCGCGCCGUCUGGGACCUGCUGCUGCAGGCCUACGAGACGGCCGACAUGGUCCCGGAUGAGACGCUCCGCCUGCUCGGGUGGGUGGCCGCCGGCAUUCCCCCGGAUCACAUCGCCAACCUGUCGCUGAGCGAGUUCGACACGGUGGCGGCCCUGGGCGUCUUCCACAACCUCAGCUUGGACCAGCUGUCCGCCAUGGCGGAUUCCGUGCGCUUCCAGUGGUCGGCCAAGGAGCCCGAGGACCUCAGCUACCUGGACCUCACGGCCCUCAACCACAUCCUGUGUGGUUUCAACGCUUCGGACGUAGCGCGCAUCCAUGCCGACGCAUACAAAGAGGCGGCGAGCUCGUUGUCGCUGCUGCGCUGUCCGGGGACGCCAGGCGCUGCGCCCGUGCCGGGAGUGGGCGGGAGCUCGGGAGCGGACCUGGCCAACCCCAACCCAACCCUCAACGCCCUGCCUUCCCUGCGCGUCCUGGCGUCCAUGGCGGAGAGCGGGGACGCGUUCGGCGACCCGGCCAGCUGGUCCGCGGCCACGGUACGCGCCAUCGGCUGCGUCCUGGUCGGCCUCCCCAGCGCCUCUCUGGUGCGCAUCCCCGUCCACUCCAUGCAUGCCAUGCUCCAGGCCCUGGCCGGCGCCGAUCAGCUCAUCGUACGCAAGUGCAUGUACGGCACGCCCGUCAUCGCCCAGCGGCUGUCAUCCGCCGAGCUGCCGCUGCAGAGCGCGUCCACCUCCACCGCGGUGCCGACCUUGAUGGGCGCCUCGCCGUCCAACUCCACGACCAGUAGCAACAGCAGUGUUCCUCCUGGCGCACCUGGCAUGCCCCACCCGGCAGGACUCGCCGACCAAGCAGUCCGAAACGGAACCCAACAGGGGUCACGACCGGCUGUUCCUGGCUCGGGGGUCUCUGUAUUCGACCAAUAUUCUCGGUUUUCACUUCUGGCUGCCACAGUGGUGACAGCCAACAUUUGGGUCAGUCUAGAAUGAUAUAUGGUCGGGGAAAAUUCUUUUUUAAAAAAGGCAAUUUGGUUUUCAAUUUAUGAUGGUUUACUUUUAUCUUUUCACAACUGAACAGUAAAAUAAAGGUGUAUAUAAUAUCAAUAACUUUCAAGUUCAUUUAUGUUAUAUUUGUAUACAUGGAAUGUUGAUACCAAUAUGCAGAGUAUCGCCUGCAAUACAGCUGCUAAAAACAGAAUUCUUAGGAUCGUAAAUGCAAUCAACUGCUCGCCAGAACAUAAUGCAAAGUAAAGCUACCAAUAUUUGUAACUGAUCAGUACAAAAUCAUCUCUGUUUUUAUAUAGAUCACAAUAAAGUACUUUGAGAAAGCAGAUCCAAUAAGUUGGUCCAAAAGAAUUACAAAGAAUUUUUCAUUCAUCAUAUACUGAACCAAAUUAAAGAAGAAAUUAAGGCUGUGUUGUAAAAUCAUACUAAGGCUAAAUACAGUACUACAGAAGCCUU